AUGCAUUCUUCUCCAGGAACAAUGGACAAUGCCACAGAGGCCCCGUCUACUCAGCCUAGAUAUGCCACUUUUGAGGUCCCUGAUAUAAUUGUCGUUGGGGUUUAUUUUGUCUUUGUCCUUGCAGUUGGAAUAUGGUCCUCUGUCCGUGCAAGUCGGGGAACAGUAGGAGGAUAUUUCCUAGCCGGAAGAACAAUGACCUGGUGGUCUAUUGGUGCUUCGUUAAUGUCCAGCAAUGUUGGCAGCAGUCUGUUUGUUGGAAUGGCAGCAUCAGGGGCUGCAGGAGGUUUGGCAGUUGGAGGUUUUGAAUGGAAUGCAUCUUGGGUGCUGGUGGCCCUUGGAUGGAUCUUCGUACCUGUAUAUAUUGCCUCUGGAGUAGUCACUAUGCCAGAGUACUUGGAAAAGCGUUUUGGUGGCCACCGUAUUCGUAUCUACAUUUCUGUUCUAUCUCUCCUGCUCUAUAUCUUCACUAAGAUAUCGACAGAUAUUUAUUCUGGAGCUCUCUUCAUCCAGGUGUCUCUGGGUUGGAACAUUUACCUGUCCACCGUUAUAUUACUAAUAGUCACAGCAGUUUACACUGUUGCUGGUGGACUAACUGCAGUCAUCUACACUGACACCUUGCAAACUGUCAUCAUGGUGGUGGGGGCCUUUGUCCUCAUGUUUAUAUCUUUUAACGAAAUUGGCUGGUACUCUGGACUGGAAGAGAAAUACAUGGAAGCCAUUCCAAAAAUAAUUGUACCUAACACAACAUGUCAUCUGCCCCGUAGCGAUUCUUUCCACAUGUUUCGUGAUCCACUUACUAGUGAUCUACCCUGGCCUGGUCUCAUAUUUGGUCUGACAAUAUUAUCCACUUGGGUUUGGUGUACUGACCAGAUAAUUGUGCAGAGGUCUCUGUCGGCCAAGAAUUUAUCCCAUGCCAAAGGGGGCUCUGUUGUUGGGGGCUACUUGAAAAUCCUUCCCAUGUUCUUUGUGGCACUGCCUGGAAUGAUCAGCAGAGCAUUAUAUCCAGAUGAGGUCGGCUGUGUUCACCCUGACGAAUGCCGGAAAUACUGUGACAAUGAUAUGAGCUGCUCAAAUGUUGCAUAUCCCAAGCUAGUAAUUAGACUGAUGCCUGUUGGAUUAAAGGGUUUAAUGAUAGCAGUAAUUGUGGCAGCUCUAAUGAGUUCUCUCACGUCCAUCUUCAAUAGUGCCAGUACCUUAUUUACCCUCGAUAUCUGGAUACGUGUACGCAAGAAUGCAAAGGAACAAGAGCUUAUGAUUGUCAGCAGAGUCUUCAUUGUCAUACUUGUGGUUAUCAGCAUUUUGUGGAUCCCUGUAAUACAAGCAGCAAAAAAUGGUCUGCUCUUUGACUAUGUGCAAUCUGUCACCAGCUACCUCUCUCCGCCAGUCACUGCAAUAUUUGUUCUGGGAAUUUUUAUCAAGAGGAUCAAUGAACAGGGUGCAUUCUGGGGUUUGCUUAUUGGCCUGGUGGUAGGCUUGAUUCGAAUGAUCAUGGAUUUUGUGUUUCGAGCUCCAAAUUGCGGCGAGGUGGAUACAAGACCUUCAAUACUCAAGGAUGUCCACUACUUGUAUUUUGCAAUCCUUUUAUUUGGAUUCACGUCAAUUGUCUGCAUUGUGAUCAGUUUGUGCACAAAAGCCAUACCUGACAAUAAGCUUGGUCGUAUGACUUGGUGGACUCGAAAAAGUAGAGAUGAGCGAAUUGAAGUUAGUGAAGAGGGCUCCCUGCUUCACUUUUCUUCUGGGCUCCGGAAUCGGCCUCCAGCAAAGCAAGCAGCGCGAUCCUCAACACAUUCUUGGUGGAAAAAGUUGUACUUCUGGUUCUGCGGUAUCUCCAUGCAGCCCGAAGCAAAAUUGUCCAAAGAAGAAGAGAUAAUGUUGCAGAGGAAGUUGACCAGUAUUGAAGAAAAGCCACUGUGGAGGAACGUGUGCAAUAUCAAUGCCGUCAUUCUACUCACCAUCAACGUUUUCCUCUGGGGUUACUUUGCAUAA